UNGAAAGGGUUACCUUUUUCGUCUAAAUUAGAAUCUAAACGUGAAAGGGUUUCGGCUUCGGCGGUGUAUAACUUUGUUUAGUACCCUCAGGGAGUGUAAUGGAAUGUAAUUCAGUCUGGAUAAACCAAGGGCUGAUGAAUCUGGCCGCAACGUAAAUUUAAGGACCUUUAGAUUGGACUACGAGUGCGAGAUUUUUCGAAUUUCAAACCAGUGACGUUUCCAGAGCCCUAGCUCUCGCUCUUCAUGGUGGUUUUAGGCAGAGAGGGUAGCUCAUGGGAUGAAAUGGUAUGUGAUGUGAUAAUAGGAACCGGAAGCCUGCAAACUAGAUUAAAAAGUCGUACUCGUACUCGAUCUGAUCUCGUACUCAAAUCUACUGAAAUCCCCUAAUAUAUAGAUUUCUGAUUUCUGAGAUUUCUGAAUUAGUGUUUGCCCUGUGUAGGGCUUUCCUCGAUUUGCUGGGCACUUUUUUGGUAACUUUUCGAAUUUCAAGCAACUUUUCCCAUUCGAACAGACUUCCAAAGCUCCUCUGAAUGUUUUUCGAAGGCCUUACGAACGUUUCCGAAUUUUUUGGAUGAUUUCCGAAGCAUGCCGACGGCUUUAAUUUUGAGGAGACCCCAACGUUAUUAAAGUCGGCAUUGUACACUUGACGUCAUCGAUAUCUCCACGUAGACAUUGAUAAUACGAUUUUUCCCGGGGAUUUUUCUCAGUGAGAAAAAUCUGGUUACAUACUUCAUGUCCUUUAGGAACUAUUGCAAUAAAAUAUCAGGUACAUGGCAUGAAGUUUGAUCCAAGGCUCUCUCUCUCUCACGAUAAAGGAGGGGACAACUAAUUCCUAACUACUCAUGUUCAUUAUGAACUACCUAAACAAAGGGAUUGGUUCUGUCUACUCGUUUUACAGUUCGAACUUUUAGAGGCAACAGUUUUACUUCCGUAAAUUUAGGAAGUUUGACUUUGUCACGUCACGUGACGAUUUACGGCGGUAGUUCAAAACGCCGGGCGUGAAAAUAUCGUGACUCUGCAGAUCUAUUUUUUUUUUUUAAAAUCGCCCAAGUUAACCUUUUAUUUGGGCCUCGGCAAAAGUUUCUCAAUUACUUCCCGUAUAUGGCAAGGACAGCAAAGUUCGCCUGUUAACAGCCUAACAGAAACGUGAUACAAGGUGACCUUCGCACUUUCCCCCAGCUUGAACGCAGUGGAAUUAGCUCUUUUCAGUUUCCGUAUGCUGAGCUGAGUCACGAGUUUCUUCUGCGCUGCACCCUGAAAUACAGGUAAUAUCAAUUCCUACCGAGGUUUGCAGUCUCCUACGUAUUUUUUCCCACUGCGUUCUUCGUUUGUGGUCGAAUUCCAGUGAUUACGCAACAAUCAACCAUGGCUGGAGUCACAAGCAGUCGAGGUAAGCCUACUUGUGUUGUUGGAGGCAAGACAAUUGCAGUACUUUUCAUUGUUGGAAUUCUGCUCGUUGUGGCAGGAGUUACUCUAUUCUUCGUGAUGGAUCGUGUAAUUCAGAACAAGAUUAAUGAGAAGUUAAUUCUCAAACCAGGCACCGAAGCCUCGAAACAGUGGCAAGACCCAGCCGUGCCAAUCUACUUGCAAUUCUUUAUGUUUGAUAUAGCCAAUCCCAUGGAAACAAUGCAAGGUGAACGGCCGUACCUUGUUCAGAAAGGACCUUAUUCUUACAGGGAGCACCGGCCGAAGAAGAACAUAACAUGGAAUUCAAAAACAGUGACUUACAACGAGAAAAUGUCUUUUAUUUUCGAUGCAGAAACUUCUUGUGAUUCUUGCGAUCCUUUCACUGACAAGGUAACAACUGUCAACAUCCCUUUGGUAACUUUAUCUGAAGCAGUCGCAAAUUCAUCUUCUAUUGAGCGAAAUUUCGUUUCUGCCGUCUUCGAUGGAUUCCAUGAAACUCUGUUCACUCCAAGAAGAGUGCACGAUUUGAUUUGGGGCUACCCUGACCCAAUAUUUGAGGCAUACAAUAAGUUAAGAAAAGAUCUUCCUCCAUUUCUCCGGAAAAAACUACCUGAGAUAAACCCGAUAAUUGCCCUUCAGCAAAAUAACAGUUUUGAUGGCGUAACAAGCGUGUCUACUGGCGAGAACGAUAUCAACUCGCUCGUGCACAUUUUGAGUUGGAAGGGGCAGACAGAAUUGAAAGUAUGGAACACCUCUUACGCAAACAUGUUAAAUGGAACUGACGGAUCUCAAUUUGCACCAGAAACAAGCUCAGAUGACACAUUGUAUGUAUUUGUUAAUCAGUUGUGUCGUUCAUUGUACUUAACUCAUGACUCGAAGAUUGAAGUCCAAGGUAUAAAAGCCCUUCAGUUCAGUGUCCCAGCAAAGGCCUUCCAGAACGGGACAAUAAACCCUGAUAAUAAGGGGUUUUGUACAUCAAAGUGCUACCCCUCUGGUAUAUUAGACAUAGGGGUGUGCCAGCCACCAUCCCCUGUGGCCAUACCUCUGUUUAUUUCAGCACCACAUUUCUACUUGGGGGCCAAGUCACUUCUUGAAGCAGUUGAUGGCCUCUCUCCAAAUAAAGAGGAGCAUGGAACAGUUCUCAACGUGGAACCACACACUGGAAUAUCAAUAAAAAGCAGCAAGCGUUUGCAAAUCAAUGUAAAGAUUGAACAUGUUGAUUUGAUCCCCCAGACUGGUAAAGUAAAGAAAAUGUUUGUCCCUGUCUUUUACAUCAAUGAAACAGCAACAAUUGACAAAGCAUCAGCUGAUAAGUUAAAGAGUGAAGUCCUUUCCAAGUUCACUAUUGUUCAUGGAAUUGAGCUUGGAUUGGUCUUGCUAGGAGCAUUACUGAUUAUCAUUGCCUUCAUCUUGUUGAUCAUUCGUAUAGCCCACAACAGAAAACUCAAGAAAGGGAGAGAGAUGUUACUGGUUAACGAGGACUCAGAAAGACGGCCACUCUUAUCUCCUUAAAUGCCCAGUUCCUGAAAAAGGUGGGAGUGAUAAAAUUCAAAAUUUGUCACGAUCUUACUUGUAUCAGUUAAGAUAUGAACAAAAAACUCAUGCACUCUUUGCAUAAUUGAAAGAAUUGAAUACUUAGUUAAAGCUGCUACUCAUAUUAUUUUGUAGAAUCCUAUGUGGUCAGGCUUUCAUUGUUCACUUAACUGCAGGGUCAGAUCCAGCAAAUUCAGAAAGAGGGGCCACAGAAAUUGCUGGAGGGCAUAAACUACCCCUAAGCAACAACUCAUUCGAUUACAGAAUAAAGUAGUUAGAAUUAUAAUAAACAAUGUUCCUUUACAAGUUUCUAUUACUCCUCAUUAUGUUAAUUUAGGUUUACUUAAAUUUCACAAUAUUGUUAAAUUGUAAACAUGUUUAUUGAUGUAUGAACAUAUCAGUGACAAUAAGCCUUGUAAUUUUUCAAUAUCUCUCGUAUCUGAGCAACAUAAUUAUUCUACCCGAAGUGCAUCUACCCAACAAUAAUAAUUGUUUCCACUUAAGAAUAAAUAUAAGGAAGUUUUGCCCCGCUGUUAUUGGUAAAUACUGUUGGAAUGACCUCCCUCUUUCUGUUCCAGUUUGUGGUAUUGCUCAGUAUUAAAUUUAGUUGAUUGUAGUCUUGGUGUGUGUGUGUGUUGUGUGCUCGUGCAUGUGUUUGUGUGUUCGUGUUUAAAAGAUGGUAAUAUACAGUAUUUUAAUGGCCGUAACAAUUAUGGCCCUUAAAAUACUUAAUAGUCUUACUAUAUUGUGCUCUUCUUCAUUUCUAGCUUUAUUCAAUAUCUUUAAAUAUCAUUAAAGAAAGAUAUGUUGUAACAUGAGAUGGUCAACCUCAAGCCCCCUUGUAUUGGCCUGUGAAUGUUUCCAGACAAUCCUGACAAAAGAAAACAAAAUGUAAAGUGAGCUCCUAAUAUAUUUUGAAAAUAAAUCAAGAAAACAGAUGGUGUUUUGAAGAAAUGCAAUUUCUGUGAAAUUUUGUUGGCAAUCAAUCUCUGCACUUGUGAAAACAGAAGUUGAACAUUUAGUGGUGCUUCCAGGAGUCAUUAAACUUAGCAAUCAUCCAGGUUUUAAGACUGAAAGAGUAAAAGGGUACUGACAACCCUAAAUAACCAUUACUGGUAGGUUAAAAAUGCCCAGUAGAUAUAAGACAUUAAAACAAUAAAAGACUAAGUAAUGCCUUGGUAAUUAGUUAUUUAAUUAAAUUUGUUUUCUACAGUGCUUGAUAUUUAUAUGUCAAUGCUUGAAUAAAUUACCAUUUAUACAGGUGUACUGUUUUAUAGAUUAGGUUGCUUUGACUUAUAAGAAUUUAUUAGCUUAUCAGAAUUAAUUUUGAAAUGCUAAAUAAUUUUUAGAUUUCAAAGCCUGCUUAGGUGGCAAUUUCAGUGUUGCUUUAUACGUUUGUGUUUAAGGAACGCUAUAAAAAUUAUUUCAUUUUACGAGUUUUAUGUAGUGCUGCACUUUUCCAGACAUUGUUACUUUUACUUUCUUUUUUGAGGCUACCUUGUAAUAAAAUUUAAUUUUUUUGAAAUUAGUCUUUCUUUGGUAUAUUGUUAAUAUUAAUAAAUGAUAUUUGGAUCUCUGGCUUUCUCUUCACCCUACCUUAAAGCUUCAAAUAAAAAGAAAGCAAAGAUUCCUAACAGCAAUGUUCUCAUAUGCAACCCAGUAAAUUAUUUGUCAGGCAUGUUAAUUAUUCUGUUCUUUAAGAAGGGUUAAAAGUAGAUGUGACCAGACAAGUUCGGGACCUUUCCCUUUCUCAUGGGGUGGGAAGACACUAAUGAAAAAAAUUUGAAUAAGUUUGAGGUCUAGAUCUGUUGCAUCAACCUAUAUCAAUGUUAUUAUGAACCAGUGAACAGGCUCUCUGGUUUUUAUAUGGGGAGGCUCCCUCACAAGGUCCAACCCUUUUCCUUUUGUAUACCAUUUUGACAGAAAAAAUAACAUGUCUUAUUGAAAAAAGGCACCCUUUUCACAUGCUGCUGUAACUGGCCUGUAUUGUGAAUAAGUUGCAAAAAAAGGAAGUCUUCUUGUCACUUUCAAGGGCUCCUGACUUAAUGAAUUAAAUGAUACAGCCUUAAGGUGUGUCUGUUUGAAAUAUUUUAAUUAAAUGCCCUUUUAAAUACCUAAUUGACAGAUUUCCGUUCUCACCUUAACUUGUGAAAUCCCUUCCCUUUUAUACACCCAAAGCUUGAAAAAGGUACUCCCUUUGGAAUAGGGCCUUCUUGUAUAGGCUAUUAUAGGGAGUAUCCCCCCAGCCCCAGCCCGAUAGCUUGGGUAAAGGGCAGUAAAAGUUGGUGAUUGGAGUGUACUGAGGAAAUUUUCAGAAGGAAACGAUUAAUGAAUAUUAGUGAAACUCUUAGUCUAAGAAUCUAUCCAUAUCUUCCAGAACCACCUUCCCUGUGAAAGGACCCUUAUUUUAUCGUACCUUGUGGAGAGCCUGGGCUCUGGGACCAGCAACCUCGUUCCCAGGGUCUGUUCCCUGGCUUUGGGAAAAGACCCUGGGAUCGAGGUUGUGGGCCAAGGAGUGACGUAAUGCAUUCUCGAACGACAUUGUGGGUAAAAAACAUGUCGGUUCAGAGUUCAACUCUGUCGGUAAAUUGAAGAGGUGGUAUAUAGUUAUUUGGUUAUUUCCGCUCCGUGACAAUGUGAAAGUCGGACCCUUAACACAAGCAAUGGCUAUGCAAACUGCAGUUGUGUAUGGCCGUUUGAUUGCUUCCCAUGCGAGGCAACUUGUGGCGCCGUUGCUGAAGCGGCAAAAUUCCGCCAAACUACAGCUUAUCACGGCGAGUUGCGGCUUUUCGAAAGAUUUUACGCCGGCGAAGAGCAAGUUCGUUUAUGGUGAGGAUGCCUUCUUCAUGGCCAGAAAUAGCGCUUCUGAUGUCUUAGGUGAGAUCUGUUUUAAAUCUUAUUAUUUCAGUUACACGAUUGCGUCCAAGGGAAAUGGUAAAACUAGACCAGGCUUAUGUAACAUCGGAUCGUUCUGUAAACAUGGGGAAAUGGCUCUUCAGAAGUCAAAAUUGAAGGCCUUCACUUCGAGUUCGUAAAACUUUAGGUCGAUAUUCUGAUAUUAGAUUGAAGAUUUCUGUGGGUAUAAUUUUUUUGUGUGGGAUAUUUUGAGGCAAGUUCACGAAACCGCUAGUUGUGGUUUUAAUUGGGUUCGUUUUGUAGAACAAAACAAACGGUGGUUUUAUUUCCUCGUGUGAGUCUGAUCUCCCGCAGAUUUACUGAGCCUGCAUUACAGUGAUAAAUGAACACUAAAAGAACAGUAUAAAUUGAGUGGAUAAUUUUCUGAAUUUCUCCCAUUUGGAAAGAACAAAUUACUGAAUUGAACAAACUUCUGUUAUUAUUAAAUUUUACAUUUCUGAUUGCAGAUCCUUAAAGGUGCUCUCUGUUUUUAUUUGACCAUUCAGUUUUCUUGAAAUUUAAUUAACAUUCUUGCUGGGAAUUUUCAUUUCUAAAACACCAGAAAAGCUUUAAGUGUUGCUCAGUCAAGUGUUCUUCACCCUGACAGUUGAACUGUUAAUGUAAAAUGCAAUGUUUUGCCAACAAACUUGUACAAGACUGUGAUGUUCAUAAUUGUUAAUUUAAUUUUGGACUGUGGAUAGGUUGACAAUUUAAUCUUUAAUUGGUACACUCAACUUUGUUUGACAUGAGUUCACAUAAUUAUUAUGCCACUUGGCAUGUGUUGCCAUGCAUCCUUUCUGUGGUAACAAACCACACCAGGACCUGUUUCCAUUUAAUUGACUUACUUUGUUGUUCUGAUACCAUAGCCUUUCUCUUUUAUAAACCUUCAACUAGUCAUGCCACUUCUUUGUGUUGACUUAGCAUGGUCUAUUUUUGUCUAAUUCAUAGGCUCUGUACACGUCCUUUCAUGAGGUGUCUCUUUUGAAAGCCUUUCUUUUUUUUUAUUGGAUUUAAUUGUUUCUUUUUAUAGAAAUAACUGACAGUGGUACUUAGUAGUCUUAAUUUAAAACUUAAUUAUCAUUGUUUUUGCAUAUUUGUUUGUUUUUUGUUCUUUUUGACA